UAACAAUGGCUGCCAUUGAUUAGUUUGUUAAACGCGCAAAACAACAGAAAUUCCGCAAAUAUUAGUUUGGAAAAAAAACUUCAAAAAGAUCGGGAACAUAGGCAGCAGUCAAGACAUGGUAAUUACCUAGCAAAUAGCAACAAAAUUGAUAAUGUCCGCCUCCGGAAGAAAAGUUGCAAUUAUUGGUGCAGGAAUUUGUGGUAUCUCCAGCGCAAUUUGUCUCCAAAAAGCAGAUCCGUCGUUGGAUAUAACACUGAUAUCCGAGAAAUUCUCUCCUAAUCUUACUUCGAACGGUGCUGCAGGUUUCUGGGAUCCAGUUUUCUUGAAAAACACCCCGGUUACUAAAAUAAGAAAAUGGGGAGAGACAACAUUCAAGUACUUGAAAUCCAUUGUGGAUAGCAAUGAUGCUCAUAAAUAUCAAAUGAAAUACCUCACAGUGUAUGAGCUUCAUGAUCAACCAGCUGAGAAAUCAGAAUUAAGUGACAUAUUCAUAUCAUAUGAACAACUCUCCAACAAAGAAAUAAGGAGGAAUUUUCCAUCAGAUAUUGUAACUGGGUUUGUUAUGAGGUCAAUCAUCAUCCCUGGAACACCAUAUCUCAAUAUAAAAAUGUCCGAGUUUCAACAAAAAGGAGGCAAGAUCAUUCAAAGAAAAGUAAAAUCCUUUGAUGAGUUUGCAGGAGAAUAUGAUAUUGUGAUAAAUUGUGCUGGUUUAGGCGCACGCGAGUUGUGCAAUGACGACACUAUCCAGCCUUUCAGAGGACAAGUUGUAAAAAUGAAGGCACCGUGGAUAAAAAACGGUUACAUUCUCACAAGAAAAAAGAAUAAGGAGAAAUUCCUGACAACAUAUAUUUUCCCAAGAGCUUACGAUGUAAUCGUUGGUGGAACACUUCAACCAAAUAACUGGGAUACGACUAUCAACGACAAAGAAACAGAAGCAAUCAUCGAAAGAGCAUCUGAGCUUGAACCGACAAUUAAGAAUGAAGCAGUUAUCAUUGAAGCCUGGGCUGGUUUGAGACCAGUAAGAGAUUCUGUUCGUUUGGAACAUGAGAUCAUCAAUGUUUCAACAAAAUACGGAAGUAAAAUGAAAUUACAGGUCGUCCACAACUACGGUCAUGGUGGAGGAGGCCUGAGUUUGUUUUGGGGAUGUGCUGUAGACGUUAGAGACCUGGUACUUAGUUCUCUUAUGCAGAGUAAUUUGUGACCAAAAGAUGGUUUGGCCAGAAAUGAACUCUUUUUUUUUGAAAAAUGAUAUCAAUAUGUACAUAUAUUGAUAAGAUUUAACAUAUGAACGCUGAUGUAGAUAGGAAUAAGUAGUUAAGUGUAAUAGAUUUUUAUAGUUAAUGAUUUACUGAUUUUACUCCUUUAAUUUCACACUUUACGAAAGCUUUUUUAAGUUAUCCAUAACAUAUCAAUAAUAAAACAACUAUAAAAUAAGAAUAUACCUACAGUGUGAUUAUAUAAAUUACAAUUUGUUUGGCUAAAUAUAUCUCAAAAACUUUUGGUAUAACUACAAAAUAAAACUUAAAACUGUGUAAUGCA